GUCGGCGGGCGGAUCAGUACUUGAGGUUGAUUAAGUGCAAUACCAAAAGUGGUUAAGAUCAUUCAGCAGGGUAUGUAGCUCCAACUAACUGAUUACCAACCGCAGUUCUACCAUGUGCUACUAAUAGAGCUUCCCUGAACUACGUCUCCUCCGCGAUGUACCCGUACCCACCACCACGCGCACCACGAUGAAGCUGCGACUACCGACAACCAUUUUCCUGACGCUCCUGCUGCAGCUAUGCUGCACCUCGGCGCAACACACGUCGAACUGGGCGGUGCUCGUUUCGACCUCUCGGUUCUGGUUCAACUACCGCCACCUAGCGAACGUGCUGUCGAUGUACCGCACGGUGAAGCGGCUCGGCAUCCCCGACUCGCAGAUCAUCCUGAUGCUUGCGGACGACGUCGCGUGCAAUCCGCGCAACAUCUUCCCCGCGUCGGUGUUCAACAACGCCGACCGCGGGCUCGACCUGUAUGGUGACAAUAUCGAGGUCGAUUACAGGGGCUAUGAGGUCACCGUCGAGAAUUUCAUACGACUUCUGACGGACCGCGUCGAACCUGAUACCCCACGCUCGAAAAGACUCCUCACAGAUGAGAGGAGCAAUAUCUUCGUCUACAUGACUGGCCAUGGCGGGAAUGAGUUUCUCAAGUUUCAGGAUGCAGAGGAGAUCAGCGCCUUCGACAUCGCGGAUGCGUUCGAGCAGAUGUGGGAGAAGAAGCGCUACCACCAAAUGCUCUUCAUGAUCGACACGUGCCAAGCGAACACUAUGUACAGCAAAUUCUACAGCCCGAACAUAUUAGCGACGGGGUCCAGCAAGCUCGACCAGUCGUCGUACUCGCACCACGCGGACAACGACGUGGGCGUCGCCGUGAUCGACCGGUAUACCUACUACAACCUCGAGUUCCUCGAGACGAACGUGCAGAACGCGUCGUCGAAACACACCAUGAAGGACCUGUUCGACUCGUACGAUAUGUACAAGAUCCACUCCGACCCCGGCGUCCGCACUGACCUCUUCAAUCGCGCGCUGGAUGAGGUGCUCAUCACAGACUUCUUUGGCAAUGUCCAGAACGUGGAGGUCGAUGGUAGCGGCGAGGAGGAGAAGUGGCAGGUCGAUGCGGCGGAGCUGGCGAAGCUCGCGGCGAAUAUCACUGUGCCGGGCAGGAGGAGCGCGGCGGAGAAGGUGGUCGAGGAGACGAGGGGACCCGCGGUCAAGAAGGUCAAGGCGUUUAAAGUGCAGGAGGAGAAGGGGUGGCAGCAAAGUGUGGUGGGCUUUGCGGCGCUGGGGCUGUGUGCGGCCGUCUGGUUUGGUGGGAUGUUGAUGCCGAAGUAGUCCUGUAUACGGAUCUUGCCGUAUGUGUUUUUUUGCGAGUGGUAUAAUAUUUGGGCAGGAGUCUUUUUUUUUGCGAGGGAGUUGGAACUUCAUAGCAUUAUGCAGCUCACUUUUGGAUACCAGUCUGUACCGUUCCUUUUUCUCGUCUUGUCUUUGUAGAACGAUGACGUGGGCGGCAGGGUGUCGGAUGCGUAGAAUGAUAAGGUAUCGAGGUAACUAGCAUGGGGAUAAAGGGAGUGCAUACUACGUUUAUGAGAUGACAUGGUGGCGAUGGUUGUAGUUGUACUCAUCAUUGCGGAAUCACUCGUCUACCAAUGCAGCUCACAUCACAACCGCACAGCACACCAAAUUCAUACACAGUCAAUUCAAUCCAUUCCAUUCAUCGCAAUUCAUUCGCAUCCGAACCAUUCACCCCAUCAAAGUCAUAGCCAUCCUCCAUCUCAUCUCACCUAAGCGGGAGGUAACUUGCUCUGGGUCCAG